AUGUUGACUUGGCUUCAUCUCUUUACAUUUGCUCAUGCUUUUCUGGAAAGCUCUGCAUUCUUUGUGCCAUUGGCUUUGGUCCAACAAUUUGAUGUCUCUCCAAAAAUCAGCUAUCUAGUGGCUGCCGCAUUCGCAUUACGCAUGACAUCAGCCAUUUGGAUCUGGAUCAUUGACAGUCGACCAACAAUGCAUGGUCCUCUAAUGGCAUGUCUGUCUCUCACCAGUACGGCUGCCCUCAUCACAAUAUUCUUUAUACCCCAAUCAAAUAUCCUAGUUUGGAUUUCACUUCUUUUCAUAAUAUAUCAUGCAACCUAUCAACCUCUGAGUGUAAUCCUAGACAGUUUGAUCAUCAAGGUAUUAGGAGAUUAUCGUAUGCUAUUGUUUGCCGCUCAACGACAGUGGGGACUCAUGAUAGCUCCCUUAAUGUUGUUAAUUGGUCUUGUCCAUUGGAUCUAUCCACAACCUCUACUCUUUAUCCUAGUUGGUUAUGUAACCCUUGGAUCUCUCGGAUUUGCCUGCAUUGGCUUUGCAUGUACUAACCCAGAAGCCGUGGAUCCCAGCGAACUCGCAAACGUCAAUGAACUCGCCCCUUUCUUUCUCAAGAAUGCACUACAGCCCACGGACACCAGAACAUCGGCAGGUCCGAACUCUUCAAUCUACAAUCCUCUCUACCAACCCUACAGUCUAUUCGGAGAACAGCUCUCUCACAUCUCGGAAGAAGACGCAAGUCUCUUACAGAGAAUGGCUAGUCCUCAAUCACUCAUGCGAAACCCUUCAAUAUCAAGUCACUACUCUUACGGAUCAACCCUAUCUCAGCCCAACCUACAGCAGCAGCAGCAACAACAACAAAAUGGACUUUUUCCCGAGAAUGCAUAUCUAAAUACAAAUCCUAGUAAUAAUGGUCAGAGCAUAGAAAUGUCUUUUACGGUCCUUCCAGUAUCGUCGCUCGAUCUGGCCUUGAUUCCAAAUCCUUGUCCAGAAGAUCCGAUGGGUGUUCUGGUCAUGCUGCGUCACCCUGAAGACUACUUUCCUUACAACUAUCUGACAAACCUACCUCUUCAGUGGAGAAUACAAUCUGUACUGUUAUCGAUGCUCUUGCUCGGUAUUGCAUCGGGUAUGCUGGGGUCUUUAUUGCCGAUUUACCUUUACCGUGGGCUUGGAAUGCCUCUCUGGUUAGUAUGUGUGGGAGCCAGUGUCCAGGUGAUGUGUGUGUUUGUUGUUUAUACUACAAUCGGGUGGUGGAUCCGGAACUGCUCUCCAAUGCUACUCAGCAGCUGUGUACACGGUUUCUUUAUUUCAUCUGCUCUUUGCUACACUAUGCUCAUCCCACACAGUCCAGUCAGUUGGGGAGCUUCUGUUUUUUUACAAGGCAUCCAAGCUCUGUGUUUGCAUCUUGCUUGGUGUGUGGCUACUAGUCGUCUGAACGCAUUUGCAUGGAUUGAUCAACAACGAAUGAUGGAGCGUGGAAAAGCAUCGGCUCUUUAUAGUAGUAUAGGACCUGCAGUGGGUGCUCUGAUUGCUGGUUGUAUAGUUGGCGAUGACACGACGUGGAGAAUAGGUUUCGUAAAUCUAUUUCACACCACAGUUCCAUUUGUAGCCCUUAGUUUUGUGGUCUCCUGGGGGUGGACAAUGGAAGAAUAA